UAAUGCUCAUUACAGGAAGUGUGUAAAUCUACAGUUGUGUUAUAAAUAACUGAGUUCUCACUGUCUUGUGACUGGAUGAAGGCGGUUGCUAUGCCGACAGUGUCACGAGUGGCAGUUUGCGGCGGUACCCAUGGCAACGAGCUUGCAGGUGUCUACCUGGUGAGGGAGAGACUAAAGAGACGGGCUGAUGGGACAGAGCCGGUUUCUGUGGUAACGGUGAUGUCGAACCCGCGUGCCGUGCAGCUGUGUGUGCGUUACGUGGAGACGGACCUGAACCGCUGCUUCACGCGAGCCACACUCAGCGCACCAGUCUCCGAGACCUCGCCAUACGAGAUGAUCCGCUCUCAGGAGCUCAACGCUCUUCUGGGCCCUAAAGGAAGUGCACAGGCAGUCGAUCUGCUGUGUGACCUGCACAACACCACUGCAAACACCGGGCUGUGUCUCAUCACAUACUCUGACUGCGACUGGAUCUGCCUGCACAUCUGCAAACACCUGCAGAGAGAAAUGGCCUCCACUCCUGUCAGAUAUGUUCACUUUGAUAUUCCUCUCAAUGAAGCCUAUUCUCUGGAUUCAGUGGGGAAGCACGGAUUUGCGAUGGAGAUUGGGCCACAGCCUCACAGCGUCGUCAGGUCUGUGAUAUUCAGUGCCAUGCAGGAAGGAGUUCAGCUGAUGAUGGACUGGAUCUGUCUGUUCAACUCAGGGACGCUGUUUGAAGGAGGAUGGGUUGAUGUGUACACAAUGGUGAAGAAUAUUGACUAUCCACGAGACUCUGAAACACACGUGAUCACGGCCGCGGUCCAUCCUAACCUACAGGACAGAGAUUUCUGCCUUCUUCACCCCGGAGACCCCAUGUUCCUGUCUUCCUCGGGUGAAACCCUGCGCUACAAAGGGAAAGAAGCGCUCUAUCCAUUCUUCAUAAACGAGGGUGCAUACUAUGAAAAGGGCAUCGCUCUUUCCCUUGCUAGGAAGAGAAGAGUGGAGAUUCCUUCAGUCCGCUCAGAGACACUGAGAUGAAGAAACAAAAGCAUGAACAUGAGCUCAAGACGAGUUUAUUACUGAUGCCAGGGAACACUGCAUGUCUGAAAAACAGCCAACAUUAAGAUAUUCAUUAAAAACAUAUGUUCACUGCGUAAAUAGUGCACAGAUGAUGUUUUUAUAAGAUCACUAACUACACUGGUCGGUCUGUGUGGUCACACAACAGAGCACUGCAUGUGAUACUGUAUCCCACAAUGCACCUGACACCACCUUUCAGUCGUCAACAAGCACUGAUACAUCACCAUACAUGCUAGCGAUCACCAAAAAUAAAUGUACUGUACAGGAAUAAAUACAGGUGCUUCUAAAUAAAUUGGAAUGUCGUGGAAAAGUUCAUUAAUUUCAGUAAUUCAACUCAAAUUGUGAAACUUGUGUAUUAAA